GUUUCCUCGCGCCGCCCGGCACGCUUUCGGAGCGCACGACCAUGAACCGCAGCCGCCAGGUGACGUGCGUGGCCUGGGUCCGCUGCGGCGUGGCCAAGGAGACGCCGGACAAGGUAGAGCUAAGUAAAGAUGAAGUAAAGCGUCUUAUUGCUGAAGCCAAGGAAAAGUUACAAGAAGGUGGCAGUGAGGAUGAGGAAGCAGGCCAUUCUUCAGAAGGUGGCAUGCAGGGCUCCCGCACCCAUUCACGGCCAAGGGAGUCCCUGGAAGACGGUGACCCUGACGAUGACCGCACACUCGACGAUGAUGAGCUGGCUGAGUACGACUUAGAUAAAUACGAUGAGGAGGACCCUCCGGAUGCUGAGACUCUUGGUGAAUCUCUGUUGGGUCUCACCGUGUAUGGGAGCAAUGAUCAAGAUCCUUAUGUUACUCUGAAAGAUACGGAACAAUACGAACGUGAAGAUUUCUUGAUCAAACCCAGUGACAAUCUCAUCAUUUGUGGCAGGGCUGAACAGGAACAGUGCAAUUUAGAGGUGCAUGUUUAUAAUCAAGAAGAAGAGUCUUUCUACGUCCACCAUGAUAUCCUCUUGUCUGCGUACCCACUGAGUGUGGAGUGGCUGAAUUUUGAUCCUAGCCCUGAUGCUUCUACUGGAAAUUAUAUUGCUGUGGGAAACAUGACUCCCAUUAUUGAGGUCUGGGACCUUGAUAUAGUAGACUCUUUAGAGCCUGUAUUCACACUGGGAAGUAAGCUUUCAAAAAAGAAAAAAAAGAAGAGUAAAAAGAGUUCCUCAGCAGAAGGGCAUACUGAUGCUGUCCUUGACCUUUCCUGGAAUAAGACAAUCAGAAAUGUGCUGGCCAGUGCAUCAGCAGAUAGCACUGUAAUUCUGUGGGAUAUGUCUGUGGGGAAGCCAGCAGCCAGACUUGCCAUACAGACAGACAAGAUCCAGACUCUGCAGUUUCAUCCAUUUGAAGCACAGACUCUGAUUUCUGGGUCAUACGAUAAGUCAGUGGCUCUGUAUGACUGCCGAGAUCCUGACAAAAACCAUCGCAUGUGGCGAUUCAGUGGGCAGAUUGAGAGAGUGACUUGGAACCACUUUUCACCAUGUCAUUUUUUGGCCAGUACAGAUGACGGCUUUGUUUAUAACCUGGAUGCACGGUCCGACAAACCAGUUUUCACAUUGAAUGCGCACAAUGAUGAAAUCUCUGGUCUUGAGCUGAGCAGUCAGAUCAAAGGCUGUCUGGUGACCGCCUCAGCAGACAAAUAUGUGAAGAUCUGGGACAUCCUAGGAGAUAGGCCAAGUCUUAUUCACUCCAGGGACAUGAAAAUGGGAGUUCUCUUCUGUUCAUCAUGUUGUCCUGAUUUGCCAUUUAUUUAUGCCUUUGGAGGUCAGAAAGAAGGGCUUCGUGUCUGGGACAUAAGCACUGUCUCUUCAGUAAAUGAAGCAUUUGGAAGGCGAGAGAGGCUUGUUCUUGGCAGUGCCAGAAACUCGUCCAUUACUGGUCCCUAUGGGAGCAGGAGCCCACAGACGCCAAUGGAGUCCUAAGGAAGGUCAUGAUCUCCUGGUGUGCUCACCCUAACUGGAAGUUUAAAAAGUCAGCCUGAAGAUGUUCCUGAGGUACCUGCAGCCACGCAGAGUGAAGGAGACAAAAGGCAUCCUACCGCCUGGCAUGGCCCUGUGCAGCCUCAGUGGCAAAACACGGUCGGUCUUUGUGUUUGCUGGCAGCUGGGUGUUGUAUGGAGUCUCAAAAGUGUUGGGUUUCUCAAAAGUGAUAAUAAAACAAGGUUUUCAAAAGGCAA